AUGCUUAUUUUAUUUUUUGACUUUCCUUUGACUUUUUUUCUCCAUUGUUACCUUAACGAAGAGGGACAAAACGAACAAACAAAAUACUAUUGCAAAAGGAGUGUUCAAUUGUUGUAUUAUUAUUGGUUUCAUCUCAAAAGAGCAAAUAUCAUUAACUGGCUUAAAAAUCAGCACUUCUCUAUGACAACCGAUAGAUCUGCUAUUCAAUUAAUUGAUGAAGAGAAAGCUUUUCAUCAGAGCGCAUUACAAUAUUUUCAACAAUGUAUUGGAAAUCGUGAUGUCGGUCUAGAUUAUCAUGUUAUCUCUGUGUUCGGCUCCCAGUCAAGUGGUAAAUCUACUCUGCUCAAUGUCCUUUUCAAUACCAAUUUCGAUACUAUGGAUGCGCAAGUGAAAAGACAACAAACUACCAAAGGUAUUUGGCUGGCUCAUACAGAAGAGGUUAAUACGACUAUUGAAGUUAGUAGCGAUCGUCCAGAUAUUUUCGUACUCGACGUAGAAGGUUCCGAUGGUUCAGAAAGAGGUGAAGAUCAGGAUUUCGAAAGGAAAGCCGCUUUAUUUGCCAUUGCAGUAUCUGAAGUUCUUAUAGUUAAUAUGUGGGAACAACAAAUCGGGCUGUAUCAAGGUAACAAUAUGGCGUUAUUGAAAACCGUUUUUGAAGUCAAUCUAUCUUUAUUUGGCAAGAAUGACAACAAUCACAAAGUACUACUACUCUUUGUCAUUAGAGAUCAUGUAGGAGUUACACCGCUUUCAAGUUUAAGCGAUUCAGUUACAAGGGAGCUGGAAAAAAUAUGGUCCGAACUAAGCAAGCCUGCUGGUUGCGAAGACUCAACUCUGUACGAUUUUUUUGACUUACAGUUCAUUGGGUUGGCUCAUAAGCUGCUACAAGAAGACAAAUUUAUUYAAGAUGUUAAGAAAUUAGGUGAUUCAUUUGUAAUGAAAGGGACCGACAGUUAUUAUUUCAAACCUCAAUAUCAUCACAGAUUACCAUUAGAUGGUUGGACUAUGUAUGCUGAAAAUUGCUGGGACCAAAUUGAGCACAACAAAGACUUGGAUCUCCCAACUCAACAAAUUUUGGUUGCAAGAUUUAAAACAGAAGAGAUUGCUAGCGAAGCCCUAGAAGAAUUUAUUUCAAAAUAUGAUGAAUCCAUCGCGCCCUUGAAGGGUAGUCUGGGGCCUUUAACCUCGCAAUUAGUAGCAUUAAAAGAAGAGUGCUUAAGCAAAUACGAUGAACAGGCAUCACGCUAUGCUAAAAAUGUUUAUAUGGAGAAAAGAGAAAGCUUGAAUGGAGAACUAAACACACACAUUUCAGGCACAAUAAAUGAGUUUUUAGAGACACUAAUGGAAAAAUUAUGGGAUAAUUUAAGGUUGGAGAUAUCUUCCAGAGACAAAGCAUCCACUUCCUUUGUCGAUAGUUUGGCUACAGGCAGGACCAAAGUCGAAAGUGACUUUAAUGAAUCAGUCGGAUCCUUCAAAAAGUUGGAGUUAUUAUCAUCAGAUAAAGAAAUCAUCUCCAAAUUUUCUAAUGAAUUCGAAGAAAAAAUCAAGCAGUUGCGUGACGCCGAAUUGAAAGCUAAAAUUAAUGGUAUCAAGAAAAAUCUGGUUCCAGAACUAAAGGAUCAUGUAAUUCAUUUACUUUCCCAUCCAUCCAAAAAUGUUUGGGAUGAUAUAAUGGACGAUUUUGAAUCCACCAUUCAAAGUAACCUUUCCCCAUAUGAGAUCUCCAAGGCUGAAUAUGAUUUUAAGGUCGGACUAUCAGAUGAUGAAAACGCAGCAGUUUACAAAAAUAUUAGGAUUUUGGCAUGGAGGACUUUAGAUACAACAGUGCAUGACUAUUUAAAGAUAGACACAAUUGUUAGUAUAUUAAGAGACAGAUUUGAAGAUGUAUUCAGAUAUGACACCGAGGGGUCUCCAAAAUUAUGGAAAGCAGAAGAAGAAAUUGAUGGAGCAUUCAGAAUCGCAAAAGAACACGCGCUGGAAGUCUUUGAAGUUCUCUCACUUGCUGUAACCUCUGACAACGUUGAGAUCAUGCCUGAUGUACCAAUUGCUGAAGAAGAUAGUAGCGAGGGCAACGAAAUAUAUAGGGAUAACGAGGGUAUAUUUCAUUCUCGUCGCUUUGCACACAUCUUGACAGAAUUGCAAAAGGAGAAUGUUUUAGACCAAUUCCGCAGACAGAUUAACAUUACUGUUUUAGACUCCAAAAGAUCGAUAAUUACUACAAGAACACAUAUUCCACCAUGGAUAUACAUUUUGUUAGUUGUGUUGGGAUGGAAUGAAUUUGUAGCGGUUAUAAGAAACCCCUUAUUCGUGACUCUUACCUUGGUCUUUGGAGCAACCUUUUUCGUGAUUCAUAGGUUUGGCUUAUGGGGGCCUGUUGUCAAUGUUGUCCAAAGCGCUAUUGGCGAAACAAGAAGUACUAUCAAGGAAAAAUUGAGAAAAUUUGUCACUGAAGACCACGAAGUAAAAGAAUCUUUUGAAAUGACGGAUUUUUCUAAAGAUGAACAAAAAAAAGAAUAA